AUCAGUCGUCUCGAAUACAUUCUCGUUAGGGUCCUUAAGUCUUAAUUACUAUUGAUUACAUAGCGUACUUAAUGUUGGGUUUUUAUUUUAUUUAUUGACACAGUUUGAGACAGUGAUACAGUGUGAUAAUUAAACUGAUUGUCUACAUGAGUACUUACUGUAUGUUUACAAUGAGAUGGCAUACAAAAUAACGUCUCCAGGGAGCUGGUGCGUGUAGCUAAUCAUGAUACAAUUGUCUACAAUCAACUUUCCAUUGGACAUUAGGUUCGUCUUUAUCCGAGAUAUCAUUACGACGUAUUAGAAUUAUAUUAUAAAGAACAUUUCUGAAGGGGAUUGGAUAAAAUGAUAUAGACUUGUAAAUGCUCAACCUAACUAGUCUUCAACAAUGUCUACUGCUGAUGCUAUAAGUGACGAUGACGAGAAGGGAUAUGAAACGCUUGAAGAAGUCACUAAAGCCAUAAAGAAAGCUGGAGUAAACAGCUGUGGACUUAUAUUUGGAAUAGACUAUACAAUAAGUAAUAAACUUCAAGGACAAAAGACAUUUGAUGGCCAUAGUCUGCAUGACGUUUCUAAAGAUAGAAUCAACCCGUACCAAGAGGUAAUAUGUAUACUAGGGGAGACUUUGGAACCUUUGGACGAUGAUGGCUCCAUUAAUGCUUUUGGUUUUGGAGACAGAAAGAGUAAAGAUAAAAAGACAUUUCCGUUCAAACCCCAGGGAGAAUGUGAUGGAUUUGCAGAAGUGUUAGAUGUUUAUAAUGAAAUAACACCCAAGAUCAGAAUGGGGGGACCAACAAAUUUUGCUCCACUUAUCAAGAAGGCGGUGGACAUUGUCAGGAAAAAUCAGGAGUAUCACAUCCUAGUCAUAGUAGCUGACGGACAGGUAACCAGCGAGGAGGAAACCAUUCAAGCCAUUGUUGAUGCCUCCAACUUCCCUCUUUCUAUCAUCGUCAUUGGUGUUGGUGACGGUCCAUGGAAUGUUAUGAAUGAUUUAGACGAAAAGUUACCAUCUAGAAAAUUCGAUAAUUUUAAGUUUGUCGACUUUCAUGAGAUCAAAGGUUCAGCUAGAAAUCCACAAACUGCUAUAGCGAUAGAAGCAUUAUCGGAGAUUCCCGAACAAUACAAAGCUAUCCGGAAACUUAAACUUAUAGAAAACAUGUGAAUUCCAUGAUCACAAUGUAUGUUUAAAAUAAUAUAGUACGUGUACAUUUGAAAUUAACAUAAAAUUUACAACUUCUGUGACACAGCUUUACAUUAACAUAAAAUCUGAUUUAAUUAAAGACUUUAAAAGAGUCAUACUGUGUGAGCAUAUAACGCUAUGACAUUAAUUCACAUUUCUUAAUCUAACAUACAUUAUAUUUAAUCAAUUUAUGUGUCAAGAAAUCGUUACAAAAUGGAGUGUGUAUGCAACAAUGUUGUUGUUUUUUGUCGACAGUCCUCAUUAUAUACAUUGUAUUUACAAAAGCUGUAAAUCUUAAAUAUAAAAGGAAAACCACUAAGGUCCAAAAAGUAUAAAAACGUUAAAUUUGAAUUUCUUAUAUAGAUCAACUGAUACAUUUAGAUUAGAAAGAUAUGCAAAAUAUAAUU